AUGGCUCAGGGAAAACACCGUAAACUGCAGGGCACGCACGAACAAGGCAAGACUGGGCUCGUCAAGAAGUUGGCAGUUGCGGGUAGUACACCGCAGAGUAUGUACAGUAAGUAUUUGGAGAGGAUGGAGAAAGUUAAGAGAGCACAUGAUAACAGUCUUGAGACAUUGCAAAGAAGGAGUGCUCAUCGUGUGGGCUCUCACUACGCGAUGCAAGUUGUGGCGUGUUCUGGUAUCAACUGUGAUAAAUUCGAUAGGGAUGAGUGGCGAGGCGAUUUCAGAGGCAAAAUCAACCAGGACUAUAAAUUGUCUUUCACCAAGGGGGGUAUGUGUUGUCGCACAGAGUCUUUCACUUUCCAAAACGACGCGUUUGUGCGGACCGACUGCGCUCAAUGUGAGCGCGGUGGCACUGGUCCCAGCGACAUGACGGAAUUCAAAGCACAAGAAGGCACGAAGAAAUACAUGUAUGAAAGCUCGAAAACUUACGAUCUCGCUGGUGCAUACAGCAAGUCAAUUGUGAAGAACACGAUUUGGUCGUCGGAGGCUAUGAAUUAG